AUGGCCACCGAAUUGGGACCCAGCUCACUCCAAACUCCCAUGAAGCUGGCCACCCAGAAGGACGGCAUCACACAAGCCUUCGACAAAUUCUGGGCAAAAUAUAUGGAAAUAACUCUACAAGAUGGCACAAAAUGUCCCACGGCAAAACCGACUCACAGCAACUGGCAGACCGACGCAAACCCAAGCUCGAAUACAGCCAAGCAAACCAUAAAACAGCAGGAGAGUAAGCAGGGGCAACGCAUCAGGUGGAGAGCCUCCCAGGACCAGACCCGGUCACGCAGGCCAUGUCUGCCUCAAGCUGCCUACAGCCACACUCCCCUAGAUAUCCUGCGGUUGAACCACCACACAACCCGCGGCAUAACACAAUGGAACCACCGGGCCGGUCGCCAUCGACUGCCCAAACGCCCGACCGGAGAACUAGGAGAGACACCGCAAGGAAAGAGGCGAGAGACGCAACCAAUACCAUGUCGGAACACUUUGAAAGCGCCAACACAACAGGACCACUGGCGGGCUGCAAAGCAAAUUUGGAGAGCGGCUUCUGAUACAGCACGCAGCAGACAUGCCUGA